AUGAGGAGCUCUCUGCCAUCGAGGCUGUUCGACAGGAGUCCAGCAGCGUCCUGUGAGACUCCGAGCUCCGUAAAGUAUCAGCGGCACGUGGACUGCGCACCGGACGCUGCCGAUGACGGCGGGCCGAAGGAGAGGUGGCCCCGGGACAUGACCUUUGCCUUUCGCCCAGAGCGGUACGAGCCUUUGACGGACGAUGGGGCGAAAGAGAAGAGGAGAAAAAAGCGGAAAGAAAACUACAAGAAAGUGAGGAAGAAUGUUGGGAAGGCACUUCGCACCACCUGGAAGUGUUUGAAGCUCGGCCUUUACAACUUCGCCUUCGCCUACUCCACUCCGGUCACAGUGGCUGCUGCUUUCGCGCCGGAUUUUUACCACGACAGAAACGAGACCUGA